AUGGGACCGCCAAAAGUCUAUCCUCGUCGUGGUGAUAUUACUGGUGUACGGGCUCAAGAUCUUCAAGCGAAUGAUGAAUUUAUUAUUGUUGAAUUUGAACAAGUUGUCUAUCCUGAACAAAUUGAUAUCUAUGAAACAUUUAAUCCAGGUGCUGUUGUUAAGGUAUUAGUACGAAAUGGAAAAGAUGAUUCCGAAUCGAAAACUAUUUGGGAAACUGAAGCUGCUCAUAAUGAAGGACAAUGCAAAUGCAAACUAAGUCAUAUAUCUAAUAUUGAUUUAUUCUAUAGAGAAAUCUUAACAAAUUUCAAAGAUUUAUUAACCAAUAAUUAUUUAUAUGACGUUACAUUUCAACUUGAUAAUGAACAAUUAAUAUCAUCUUAUCGAAAUAUUCUUAGUAUUCAAUAUAUUUAUUUUAAUGAAUUAUUUACUGAAUAUCCAUUGAAUAAAGAAGAACCAAUACAAAUAAGAAAUAUAUCUUAUGAAGCUUUCUAUCAAAUAUUACGUUUUAUUCUUACAGAUACAAUUGAACCAAUAUUAAUAUAUGAUAUAUGUCUUGAAUAA